CCUCGGCCGACCACGCAGAACUCCUCUCAAUGAAUCUUGACCCUCCCUUCCUUCCUCCCAAAAUGUACCGACGCCCACCAGAGCAGAGGAACCACCAGCUUCUCGCUCACCAGACCAGGCCCUGACUACAGCAGCAGCAGUGCGUCCAGAGAGAAGCAAGGAUGUCUGAUGAAAGACGGAUGAGAACGUCGGUGAUGCUGGUCUGUCUUCUCAGCUCAGUGUCCCCCUCGCCUGUCCCCACCUUCACAGCCGCUCCCUCUCUUCCGUCACAGAUCUCUCCCCCCACCUCCCUCGCAACAGUCCUGUCUAGGGGGUCUCUCAGCAGUCCCUCCCCUGUGGCCACCAUGCCCCCCAUCCCUUCGUCCACCAGCAGCCAUGGGGAGACGACAGACCCUCACUGUCCUUUAAAAGUGACCCCCGACUCUGUGGUGGUCAGAUUCGGGGAUCCGGUCACAGUCAACUGCUCUGUAUCAAAGAGGGAAAACGUUUUCCUUACGUGGGAAAUCCCUCAGCUGGGACUGAAUACGGGGCUCACAGAGGAACCAUUCCAAAUAUGGAUGAUGGAGAACGUGACCGAGUGGGACAUCAAACCCAUGUGCUACGUGACAUCUGACCUGGGCGGGCACUGCUACAUCAACCUCUCUGUUGUGGUCUACAAGCCUCCAGACUCUGUGACCCUCAGCUUGGCGAACCACACCGGACCACUGUUGGAGAUGCACCAGUACUCACUAGAGUGCUUGGUCCAAGAGGUGGCACCGGUGGGGAACCUCACCGUGACCUUCUACAGGGGAGACACAGAGCUGCAAAGCGUGCGCUCCCAGAACCCCGAAAAGAUGCCGGUAACGGAGAUCUUCACCGUCAAAAUAGCUCCCAGUAAAGAGGACGACGGUGUCGAGUACUGGUGUGAAGCACGGCUGGACCUGGAAUCCAAACGUCUCACAGUAGAGUCACAGAAACUUGCGACAGAAGUUCUUUUCGGACCGCACUUCCUUUGCCCCCGCAAACAGCACUACAAGAUCGGAGAGCAACUGAGCUGUGAGGUCGAAGGAAACCCCACCCCGUCAGUCAAGUGGCUGAAGGACGGCCAGCCCUUCAUCCCGCCCACUCGGCUCACCAAAGCGCAUGCUGGGAAAUACACCAUUUCAGCGACCGGCCUGCGAGGGCAGCAGAACAUGACAGUGGAGGUGGCACUUCAGUGCGGAAAUGGCGGCACCAUCAUACACGACCAGACACUCCCCAUGACAGUCCUGCUGCUACAGAUGUGCACCUUUCUCUCAAAUGUAAAUUCCGCUGCCAUUCCUUUUCUUGACUAAAUGCCAUCUGGAUUAACUGCUUUGACUGCUUGACCCCUGCGUCCAAAUUCAAAUGUGUUUUACUUGGUACAAUCUUUAAAAAGGUAGCUUUUUGUCCAAUGUAAAUAAAAUC